AUGUUUCCAUUUCUCGGUUGUCCUGUGAAAAUACAUAGCAAUACUGAAAGUGUAAAAAUUAAUGUUCGAGACAAAGAAACUAAGGAAAUCAGAGAAAUUAAAUUACUUGAUUACGUUUCAGAAAAAUGUCCAUCCCUUGUGGGAAAAAAUGCAGUCUAUUACCCUACUCUUUGGCUUCCAAAUGGACAUCUUCAAACUGCUUAUGCAGCCUAUGCAAAUUUUAGUGGGAUUCAUUUGAUUAAUUACGAAAGGCAAUUUGUAGAAACGCCGGAUGGUGGUCAAAUCGCUGUUGAUUGGACUCCUCCAGUAUCUCAAAAACCUUUUGAUAAUACUCCGACAAUAGUUGUAUUACACGGAUUAACUGGAGGGAGUCAUGAAUCCUACAUUAGAUGCUUACUUGAAGUUCUUAUAACUCCGCCUAAUAACUAUCGUGCGGUUGUAAUUAAUUUUCGUGGAUGUGCAGAAUCACAAAUUACUUCUCCUAGGCUUUAUUCGGCUGGGGUUACUGAUGAUUUGCGAACUUGUUUGCGAUAUGUUCAAAAAUGUAUUCCGGAUUCACCGUUGAUUGCUGUUGGAUUUAGUAUGGGUGCUAACAUUUUGAUCAAGGCAAAUAUUCCAAAUUAUAAUUUUGCCAAUUCAUGUUUUUUAAGUGAAAACGCUCCAUUAAUUGCGGCCGUAUCUGUUGGUAAUCCGUUUGAACUCGUUGGGGGAAGCAAGGCUUUAUCACGAACAUAUUUAGGAAAAUACGUAUAUUCACCAUCUAUGGCAAAUAAUCUUAAAAUCUGUCUUAAAAGACACGAGCAUAUUAUGAAACAAGAUAAUAGGAUUAGUAUUCCUCAUGCCAUGUCGUCUUAUUCACUUCGUGAAUUUGAUUCCCGCCUGACAUCUAAAUGUUUUGGUUUUGAAACUGUGGAUCACUACUAUCGAGAUGCUAGUUCUUACUUUUAUAUUACUAAAGUGCGUGUGCCUUUAUUGUGCCUUAAUGCCGAAGAUGAUCCUAUUGUACCUGUUGAUUGUCUCCCUUUUGAUGAGAUAAUAUAUAAUCCAAAUUGUAUUUUGGCUACCACACGUUAUGGCGGUCACCUUGGGUGGUUUACUGGUUUUCGGUCUCUUACCAGAUGGUGUAUAAAACCACUUAGUGAAUUCUGUAUUGCUAUCUUUGAGGCUAAUGAUCCAAGUGCUGGAUCAAGAACAAUUUUAGAACAAAGAGAAGAUACAUCUUCAAACGAAGGAAGUACUGUUGUUGAUGGUAAUUAA